CCGCCGCAAGAUGUUCCCCGCGUUAAGAGCAAUAAAAUUCCCCGAAUUUAGCUUCGGCUAUCCAACGCCAAUCCAAGACAUCGCAGAAGAAGAGACGCACGAUAAUGUAUCGUACAGGUUGCAAGGGAUGCCGGUGAGUCACGGAGUCGUGCGCAGUAGGUGUAGGAUUGUGGCUACGGUCGCCGAUGCGCACGCCAUUCAGGCUGGAGACAUCCUUAUCACCGACGUUACAGAUGUAGGCUGGUCCCCCUACUAUGGUCUCAUCGGGGGACUGGUUACCGAGAAAGGUGGUCUCCUGUCGCACGGAGCCGUAGUAGCGAGGGAGUACGGCUUGCCAUGCAUCGUCAGUGCCAAGAAUGCGAUGACAAUAUUUAAAAAUGGAGACGAAGCCAUUCUUAACGGAACGACUGGCUUUAUAGAAAAGGCGAAUAAAGAGGAACCUGAACCAGAACAGGUAUAGCAGUAUAGCACUCUUGCAAUACAAUAGCAAAUUUACAUUAAUUACUGAAUGUUAGAAAACAAAACGCAUUUAAAAUUUAUAAGCGAAACUAGUUAUAUAUAAAACUAGAGCACUCGGAGAGCACAGACCUCCGCCAAGGCAGCUGAAUUCUCUCA